AUGCAAUGCAGCCACAUCUGGACAUGCCGAAUGUUGCUAAAUUUGGAGCCUCUCGAGUUGUCAGAUGCCGGUGAGAGCGGCGCCAGCGCUGUCGCUUGCCAAUGCUGGCGUGUGCCGCAACGCAAAGAUGAGUCGCAGAGGCAUCCAUCGGUCCAGUACUCGCUCGAAGAGUUCACCGCUCGGCUCUACGUUGGACAAUCGACAUUCGAUCCAAAGGUGUGCGCCUUUGUCCACUUCCCUGCGCUUCUGCAGCUCGAUCAGAACGAUCAGAACGAUUUUCUCUCCGAGAAGAAGUGGAGCGCAGCUCAUGCAUUGUAG